GAGGUAUAUAUGCGGGUGAGAGCGUCAGGCACUUCACUCUGGCUUCAGGAGUUGCCCUCGCUGUUUCUACCAACACCACCACCAACAACACCACCACCAUCAUGUCCAUCACCGGGAAAUACGUUCUGAGCGGCAACGAGAAAUAUGCUGAUUGGCUCAGUGCUGUGGGUAUCCCCGCUGACCUCGCCGCCAAGCUGGAGGCCGCCAAGCCCUCCCUGGAUGUGACCCAGAGUGGCAACGACAUCGUCAUCAAGACCACGGCCGGCGACAAGAACUUCACCAACACCAUCACGCUCGGCAAGGAGUCCCAGGCCACGCUCCCCGGCGGCAUCGAGUACACGGUGAAGUUGACGCUCUCUGGCACCACCCUCAACGGCACCUGGGACUUUGGCGGCAAGACUGGCACCGCUACCGUCGAGUUCACUGCCGACGGGGUCACACAGACCAUGAUCUACAACAACAUCGCCUCCAAGAGGAUCUACUCCCGCCAGUAGUCUGCUACACCCCAAGUCUAUCAAUAUGGUCUCUAGAUUACCUUUUCCUCACUUCACUUGCUAAAUUUGGUUGUCUUUGCUCUUCAGCCUGACUUAGUAACUUUGGUAUUUAAAUUGUUACACCACCUGCACUCAAGUCACUUUUAUCUUUACAUUCUUUAGUCUUGUAACAUCUUCUGAAGUGAGUAAUUUAGCAAAAAGAUAUCCUUGAACACUAUCUGUACUGCUAACAAUAAGGAUGUGAAAUUUUAUUUCUAAUAAUCAUUAAAGUCUUUUUUAUAAG